AUGGAAAGUGAAACUGUUGAUUCAGGCAAUCAGAUUCCAAAGGCAAUGGAUGAGGAAGAUUCAGAGCCAAGGAUAGCAAGGAUUCGUGAAAAUCUUGUUAAUGGUCUUGGUCCAUUUGAUCUGAUGGCUGAUAUUAUUGUUGGCUCACAACAUGGCCCAAAUAAUUCAGGUCUAUUUGGUGUUGUUCAGUCACCGAUUAGGCCAUUACGUCCAUCUUUUAUGCCAUCUUCAUCGAUAUCAUCAACAUCAGAAUCACAAAUGACUGCUACUCAAAUGGCACAGAAGAUGCAAAGUGUUAUUGAUGUGCCAUUAUCAACAAUCCAUACUAACCUUCCAUUUAAAAAGAAUCAAGAACGGAAAAAUAAUUCAGUAAGAGGUUCAGAAGCGGGUGCAUCUUCUGCUAACUUCAUAAAUACUAGCACUGGUAAAGGCAGGCCCUUGACAGCUUCCGAUCGCACCGAUGAUAGUUUAUGUCGGAAAAGGAAAAGAAGAAGAAGUGAUUGCAACAACAUAGAUACGGAAAAUUGGCAGAAACCAUGCACAAGCAACACAACAAAAAUAGAAUGUGAUGAUAGCAGAAUGACAAUUAGUGAAUUAUUUGGUGAAGAAAAACUGGAAAAUGGAAAUGCAAAAAAGCGACCUAUUGACAUGUUGAAAAACGUAGAAAAAAAGAUAGUUAAAUGGGAAAAAGAAGAGCAGGAAAGUCCGGAUUCUGGAUUUGCCGAUGAAGUAAGCGAUCAAAAUCGCGAACAAUAUCAUCGACCGCGUUUGCAAACUAUCAUUGGCGAAUUAGGUCAUAUUUCACCACUUUUAACUCCACCACGACAGCCACAAAAAAACGAUGGUCCAACACUUCCAGUAAUCAUAAAUCUUGACCGUUUAGAUUCGGCACAGCUUCUGCGAAUCAAGAAUGUGUUUAUUAAGAAUGCUCCUGCUUUUUUGUCAACAGUCGCUCUGCCGAGUUAUGUUUUAUCACCUCCUGCGCGACCAACAUCAAGAAACGAACGAGAUGGAGCUUUACAAUUGUACGAUUCGGAUUUUAAACCAGUCUCAAAAAGUACAGAUAAUAAUAGUAACAGCACUGCCAACUUCAAAAAACAAAUUAUUCAUAGCGCAGGUGCAACGCCAUCGUCAUCUUCUACGAAAGAUUUCAAAAAGAAAUUUGUAAAACAGUGCGAUAAAGCAUACGUUACCUCAUCUGCCACCUCUAGCAUCAAGGAAAAUGAAAAAAAGAGAAGAAAAGACAGCUCAGCUCCUCCGAAUAGUAGCGGUGAACAACUGCCAAGCACUUCUAAAUUGGAAGAAAAAUCCGUUCAAUUGAAAUCUGUUUCACAUGUUCCAAAUGGUAAACCAGAAGGAAAAUACAGGAAAGAAGGCUUGGAUAGUGAGCAUCCCAAAGAAAAAGAGAACUCCGCUACAUCUCUCACGAAAGAUUGUGACGGAUUGAAUGGUCAGCCUGGUGAUGGUACCGCAACAACACAACUGCGCGAUUUAAAAAAAAAGCAGGUGAACGACGCUGCUAUAAGAAAUGCUAGUAAUAAUAGCAGUGAAGUCGACAACAUGCGCGUUAAAGUUGCGAAAACUUCGAAAUGCAAAGAUGGCGAGGCUCCACCAGCAAAGAAGUCUAAAAAAGAUACGUGUUCAGGCAAUAAAUUUGUUGAUGGAGUCCAGGAAAUUGGUGGUGAUUUUAUUUGCUGCAGAAGUCAUACAAUACCAACAAAGAAAACAGUAUUAGAAAAGAAUGACGAUGGUACAUAUAAAUGUGCUAAUUAUUAUCUGGAUGAAGUUGCCCGACCAUUAAAACAUAAAGCUGAUAAAGAGAAUGGUGAUCAUAUACGAAAAACUCUCGCUUAUAUGGAUGCCGCUGUAUAUUUUAUACUUUCAUCAGCUACAGAACGAGAAAACAGACAACGACAGUACACAAUAGCGCGGGAUAGCGCUGAAUUGAUGAAGUGGGUUUUGGAUUUGAAGCAUUCAACUUCUGAGGAAUUUUCUCAUAAAUUAAAAACAAUUAUCAAAUGGUCAGGUGCAUCCGCAUCUAGUCUAUCAUCGCUGGAGCGACAUUUUAUUAGUCGAUUUAGAAUAUUAUCAUUUCGGGUACAAGCUGUGCUAAAUUACUAUCUCUAUUCGCUCAAAAUGGGAAGUUGUAUGUCCAACUUUGGCGCAUUGACAAAAUGGGAACCGCAAUUGACUGAAUUGGACGCUGCAGCAAUGCGCAACGAUGGUGCUGCAUCAGUCAGUUCACAGGGCGGUUCAUCUGUCAAUACAGAAACUCCUUCACCGGCUUCAUCAACAAACAGUGGCCAUGGUGAACGUCAAAAGGAAAUCAACGUGCCAGUUUGUAUUUAUCAAGCUCAUCGUUCGCAACUUAGCAUUCUUCAUCAUUUGAUGUGGUCUGAUCGGUUAUGGAAACAGACAUCAACCAAAAUGAACAGUCUUGAACAAGAUAUGGUAAAACAUUUGGACAAAAUAUGUGGACCAUUGACUGUUGACUUCAGUUUACAUUCAUUAUCAGAAUACUUGGCGACAGCAGUAACAUGGCUUCGUGCGGAAUACCGUGCGGAAAAAGAACGAUUAUCACCAUCAUCAUCAUUUCCGCAACAGCUGUUGUAA